UAAUAUAUAUAAUAGAUUAAUAGCUUUGGUACUAGAGUAGGAAUUGGUACAAGUUAGUGCAGAGAGACGUGAUGAUGAAGAAAGCAUGGAUUGUGAGUGUCGUUCCUUUUUUAUUGUAAAAGGUUGAGUCAGCAGAACAGAAACCUUAAAAAUAGGCAUACAAAAAGUGGUGUCUUAUUUAAAUUUGAAGGCUGUCCGAAUAGUUCUACACAUUGUUAUUGUUAUGCAACCAUGAAACAAAAGACUUGGUCAACCUCUGUUACCUCACUCUCUCAAAUACAUUAUCCAUCUCCUAUUAUUAGCUCUUCUUUUUCUUUCUUCUCUCUCCUGUUUCAAUGCCAUCAAAACUUUUCCACCCUCCAUGACCAACCCCUUUGCUUCUUCACCCCUAGCAGCUCCUCUUUUCUUUUAAUCUCCAUUGAGAAUCAAACCUUCCCUGAGGGCGCGCACGCCGCCCGUAGCGCGUGUGGGCCAUCUACCCUUCUUCACUAUGGCACUCAUCACUCAUAUUAUGAACAAUAAAACCAUAUUCAUCACAUUCAUUCUCUUGUUUUGUGUUGUUUCGUCAUCUUAUGGCGCUUCUGACUCUGAAUUGCUCCUCAAGGUAAAGGACAAUCUUGAAAAAAAACCUGAGGUGUUGUCAACAUGGAACACAUCAACCACACCUUGUAAUGGCGAUCAUGCCAAUUGGCGUGGCGUUCUUUGUUAUCAAGGAAAAGUUUGGGGAUUGAAGCUUGAGAAUAUGGGGCUAAAAGGUUUCAUUGAUGUGAAUUCUCUUAGGGAGUUACCAUAUCUUAGAACCCUUAGUUUCAUGAAUAAUGAUUUUGAGGGUGGUUGGCCUGAGAUUAAUAAACUUUUUGGUCUUAAAUCGCUUUAUCUGUCAAAUAACAAAUUUUCUGGAGAGGUUCCUUGGGAAGCUUUUGACGGUCUGCAGUGGUUAAAGAAAAUUCAUUUGUCAAAUAAUCAGUUUACAGGUCCUAUUCCAUCUUCUCUGAGUUUGAUGCCAAAGCUUAUGGAUUUGAGAUUGGAUGGAAACAAAUUCACUGGACCUAUUCCUAAAUUUUCAACAGAUUCCAAAUUGAAAACAUUCAAUGUAGCUAAUAAUCAGUUGCAGGGACCAAUACCAGCCGCUCUUAGUAAAAUCCCCGCUUCUUCCUUUUCCGGUAAUGAAAAUUUAUGUGGAGCACCAUUGACUGCAUGUCCUAUAAAGCAUGCAUCAAUUGCAAGUACUUGUGUGGUUGUUGUGGUUGUUUGUGUAGCACUGGCUGUGAUUGGAGUUACUGUGUUUUUCAUCCUACACCGGCGGCGAAGAAAACAAGAGCCAUCAUCGACUCUAGAGAAUCCACCUUCAGGCCACUACAACAACAAAAAAGUUGGAAGUGAAAGAGAUAUUGAUGAUGAAAGUAAUAGAUCAUCAAGAUCAAUGAGUUCCAACCACAGUAGAAGAAAUGAUCACAUGAAGUUGUCUUUUAUAAGAGAUGACAGAGAGAGGUUUGAUUUGCAAGAGUUGCUGAGAGCUUCUGCCGAGAUUUUGGGAAGUGGUUUUUAUAGUUCUUCUUACAAGGCCUCUUUGACGAAUGGGCCAACAAUAGUGGUGAAGAGGUUUAAGCAAAUGAACAAUGUAGGGAAGGAAGAGUUUCAAGAGCAUAUGAGAAGGAUUGGAAGGUUGAACCAUCCUAAUUUGAUUCCUCUUGUUGCUUACUAUUAUAGAAAAGAAGAGAAGCUCUUGGUUACCGACUUUGUUCAGAACGGUAGCCUAGCUGUUCGCCUUCAUGGACACCAAGCACUAGGGGAACCAAGCCUUGAUUGGCCAAUAAGGUUGAAAAUUGUGAAAGGCAUAGCAAGAGGUCUUGAAAAUCUAUACAAAGAUAUGCCAAGCCUAAUUGCACCUCAUGGAAAUCUCAAAUCUGCAAACGUGCUUCUCACUGAAACAUUUGAGCCACUUCUCACAGAUUUUGGAUUAGUCCCAGUAACAAACCAAGAAAUGGCCAAGGAAAUAAUGGUAACAUAUAAAUCACCUGAGUAUUUGCAACAUGGAAGAAUUACAAAGAAAAGUGAUGUUUGGUGUCUUGGAAUAUUAAUAUUGGAGAUUUUAACUGGUAAACUUCCAGCUACAUUUUUACAACAAGGUAAAGGAAGUGAGGUGAGUUUAGCAAAUUGGGUGAUUUCAGUAGUACCUGAGGAGUGGAAUAGUUCAGUGUUUGAUAAAGAAAUGGGUGCAACAAAGAAUGGUGAAGGAGAGAUGGGAAAGCUUUUGAAGAUUGCAUUGAGUUGUUGUGAAGUGGAUGUUGAUAAAAGAUGUGAUUUGAAAGAAGCUGUUGAGAAAAUUCAACAAGUGGAAGAGAGGGAUAAUCAUGAUGAUGAGGAGGAUUUUUUUACAGCUGACAUGAAAUGAAAAUAAAAAUCUUUUCAUGUUGAUGAAUUGUUAUUACCUUACUCAUUCAGUACUUGGAUUUUCUAUCUAUAUCCCUUAAAAUUGAAAAACAAUGUCACGUUAAUAUGAGAGAUGGAUAUAUUAA